AAUUAACUUGGGAAAGGAUACCGUGGCAGCUCCAGCUGCGGAGCGUGCACCUAUUGGCCAAAGCCACACCAACUGUCAGCUUAGUUCUCAGGAACUAAACUCAGGAUGGUCUCUUGGGAGCCCCUGGGCCCAAGUUGGGGUUUGCUCCUCUUUAGGUUAGGUAGUCUGGCUCUGGGUACUCUGCCACCCCAUGAGGGAGUUCGAGGUGGGAGGGGAGCAUCCUUGAACCCAGAAGAAAAUGGUCAUUCAGCCAAGCCCUGCUCUGCUCAGGUUCUGUCUGAGCUGAGAGCGGCCAGAGAUGGGCCCACUGGCCCAUGAACAAGUGCAUCAAGGAAGCCACUGGUAUCUUAAGAGGAAAGGAAAGGCAGUUAAUCUGCGGUCGGAAUAGAGAGAGUCAGGGAAAGCUUCCUGAAGGCAUUCGAGCCUUGAAGAAUCAGAAGUGGACAAAGAUGGGUCAGUUCAGUCGCUCAGUCGUGUCCGACUCUUUGCGACCCCAUGGACUGCAGCACGCCUCCCUGUCCAUCACCAACUCCCGGAGUUUACUCAGAAAAAAAGGAUGGGUCAGCGAAUUGCAAAGCGGCGCCUAGGUAAAAACCAGAGAUCGAUGCGCUCUAUCCUCCUUCACUCAGGUCUGGCUGCUCUUGCCGCUUUUUUCCUAGUUGGCAUUGGACGAAUCGAGCCUUGGAGCCUUCUUUACCGACCCCGAAGAGUUCGGAGAGGCGCGAGGGAGGAAGAAGGCGGGUUCAUUGGUUGGCUUUCAGGUCUUCCUGCUUUCCCAUUCACGACCUUGGAUUGGCCGUGAGAGGCUCAUCUACACCUUGGGCCUGCGCGCUGAGGCGCGAGAGAAGGUUGGGGGGGGGGGUUGUCUGUGGGCAAGAUGGCGGCGACUGCGGCCGGUGUGGGCCGAUUAGAGGAAGAGGCGUUGCGGCGAAAGGAACGGCUGAAGGCCCUACGGGAGAAAACCGGACGCAAGGACAAGGAAGAUGGGGAGCCAAGCACCAAGCAGCUCAGAGAAGGGGAGGAGGAAGGCGAGAAGCACAGGGAACUCAGGCUGCGGAACUACGUCCCAGAGGAUGAGGACCUGAAGAAGAGGAGGGUGCCCCAGGCCAAGCCAGUUGCGGUGGAAGAGAAGGUGAAGGAGCAGCUGGAGGCCGCCAAACCAGAGCCGGUCAUCGAGGAAGUGGACCUGGCCAACCUCGCUCCCCGGAAGCCGGAUUGGGACCUCAAGAGAGAUGUGGCCAAGAAACUGGAGAAGCUGGAGAAGCGGACCCAGAGGGCCAUCGCUGAGCUGAUCCGUGAGAGGCUGAAGGGCCAGGAGGAGAGCCUGGCCUCUGCAGUGGCCUCCACCGCCGCCUCCGAGCAAGAGGCCUGCGACUCUGACUGAGCCGCCUCCAGGCCUGUCUUACAGGAGGAUGGUCUUGGGCCGGGGUAGGGGCUGGACUUGUCAUCACCUCCAGUUUGCUUUCAGAAGUGACUCCCUGCCUCGCAGUCUGAACCCCACCCGUCCCACCGGGGUGAGGUCAGCUCCUUGUCUCCUGAAGGGCCCCCUGCAUGCUGAGUGGGGGCAGAGGCUACAACAGCCCUGUGGGCAUGCUGUAUCUGUGCUUGUUCUGUGUAUUUUGAACUUCUUUUUCUAUCUGGAAAUAGAAACACGCUGACCCCUGUGUGUGGCAGAA